GGUUGCGCCGGCUCCGGCGUCAUGGCGGAAGAAGGGAUGGAGAGCUACCUGUACGCUGCCUACCACCCCUACCCCUACCGCUACCCGCCGCCCAAGGGCAAGGGGGGGCCGGCGGGCGGCUGGCGCCCGCGGGGCAGCGGCUACUUCUCGGGCUACGGGGAGGCGGCGGCGGCCGCCGAGUACUUCGACAACUACCAGCGGGCGCAGCUGAAGGCCAUCCUCUCCCAGGUCAACCCCAACCUGACGCCACGGCUCCGCAAGGCCAACACCAAGGAGGUGGGCGUGCAGGUCAACCCGCGGCAGGACGCCUCGGUGCAGUGCUCCCUCGGGCCCCGCACGCUGCUGCGCCGCCGCCCCGGCGCCCCCGCCGCGCCGCGGCCCCGGGAGGCGGAGCUGGAGCAGGAGCAGGGCAGCCCCGCCACCACCAGCACCCGCGCCGUGCGCUUUCCCCGCACCAUCGCCGUCUACUCGCCCGUGGCGUCCCGCAGACUCACCGCCUUCCUGGAGGAGCCGGAGCCGCGGCCGCAGCAGCAGCAGCAGGAGGAGGCGGCGGCGGCCACGGCGGCGGCCGUCGAGGAGGAGCCGGCGGCGCUGAGGGAGCAGCGGGAGGCGGAGGAGGCCGCCGUGCGGGCGAGCUGGGAGAAGCCCCCCGAGGUCGGUGCCGAGCCGCUGGAGCAGCGCCCGGCCGCCACCCCGGAUCCGCCGGCGGCGGGGCCGGAGGAGAGCCGGGAGGAGGAGGCGCCGGCGGCGGGAGCAGCGCGGGCAGAGCCGGUGGCCGCCCCUCAGAAGCGGGAGCCGGCGGCGGGCAAGACCCGCCUGCGCUUCCAGUUCCUGGAGCAGAAGUACGGCUACUACCACUGCAAGGACUGCAACAUCCGCUGGGAGAGUGCCUACGUCUGGUGCGUCCAGGGCACCAACAAGGUGUAUUUCCGGCAGUUCUGCCGGACCUGCCAGAAGUCCUACAACCCGUACCGCGUGGAGGACAUCACCUGCCAGGUAAGGGACCCUGCCCUGUCCUGCCCGGCCCCGUCCCGCACCCACCGACCGCCGCCUUCUCCCCCAGAGCUGCAAGCAGACGAGGUGCACCUGCCCCGUGAAGAUGCGCCACGUGGAUCCCAAGAGGCCCCACCGCCAGGACCUCUGUGGGAGGUGCAAAGGGAAACGCCUCUCUUGCGACAGCACGUUUAGUUUCAAGUACAUCAUCUGAGUGGGAUGGUUUGUGUUUUUUGGUUUUUGUUUAGGCCUCUUCUAGAAAACUGCAAGUAGAGCAGAGUGGGGUUUUUUUUGUUAUUGUUUGAAGGCACUUAGUUGUGGCUAGGAAAGCAUCCAAAUAAAAGUAUUGCAAAGCAUAUCCAAAUGAUCAGGUGGGUUUGUGCCCAGCUCAGAGGGUGCAUCUUGCAGCUUCUGUAACUGGCAUAGGGGAGGAGCCUACAAAUAACGUUUUGUAAAUCAGCAAUGACCUUGGCAGCCACUGACUCAGGACCCUGUAGAAUCUCAGAUGGGAAAGGAUGCCUGUUACUGCUCCUUCCCUUGAACUGAUCAACACUUGAAGUUAACAUCAAAUUGACAUCUACAGUAGGUAGUAGAGCAUCAUUCAUGAACAGAACACUUCAUAGCAUUCACUUACUGUGCACACUUCUCUUCCAUGUAGAAAGUCUCCUGCACCUGUUCUUCAUCACUAAAAAAAUGUCUGAGAUGCUAUGUAAAAAUUAGGUCACUUCUACUGGUGCAGUUGGUCUGUAUUUAACUAAGCUGGUGUUCCUGCAGACUAAAGCCAAAGAAAGGUUGUGGUUAAUGUACCUUCAGGGACAGUUCUCACAAGCUCCUGGGGAUGGGAGUCACUGAUGUUGUGGUCUCUCUCUUAGUAAAUGAGUUGCCCAUCUUUACUUCCACAAGGUUAUCAAGAGAAGUGAUAAUUCAAAGGUUCCAAGUGUGAUACUCUCUCUGCCUGGCUUCCUUUUGUACCUGUAGGUGAUGCAGAAAGAGCUUUGCACUUAGUGGCAUACACUUGAAGGGUUUCAUCUAGUUACGGUUUAGCUGUUUGUUAUCAGGGAAGGAUCAGACUCCCAUGUGCUUUUGGGACUGGGUUUGUAAGUAGGAUUUGUACUUCUAGGAUUGGGUAGUAAUGGCAGAACCAGCAUGGUUACUCCCAGGUGAUGCUUUUUAGGGGCUAUUGGUGCUGUCAGUGGUAACAGUCUCUGUAGGGACACUGCACGUCAGCAAAGCCUUACAAGCUGACUCUGGGACUACACCAUCACCAUCUGAGCAGAUUCACAAGAUAGUAAAACCUACACCCCACUAGUCUACCCUGUAGCGAAGGAGUUGUGUAAACUUAGAGGAAAACAUACUUUUCCAGGAGUGCUAAUAAAGCUCUUAAGUUUUAAUUUGAGCAUAAUUACAAAGCCUUUUGUAGAACUCUUGAGAUAGGAUCUGUUUGGAAAGACUGAUUUAUCUUGGCUGUAACAAACUUGCCUACACCUGCAUCCAGCUUGAGACCACUCUGUUAAAGACUAAAGGGGUAACCUCCCUGAGCCCAUGCUCUGUAAUGGGUUCAGUGCCAGGUGGUCUUCCAUCUCUAAAUGGAAGCUAGUGUAUGGCAGGGUAAGCACUGGCCUUUGUACCAACAAAUGUCUGUUUAGAGAGGCAGCAAGUGCUGACUCUGUAGGCUUAGCUCAUUUUACUGUAGAUUCCUGCUUAAACAUGCCCCUUGACCUUGCUGCUGUAUCUAAGGCUUCAUGCCUCAGCACCAAUUUAUUGCCAUGUAAUUUUAUUUAUUCUUGCUCCAUUCAUUAUUAUAGCAGCAUGAGGCAUUCUGGGAAUAAGCAGGCCUACCACCCCCAGAGUGGGGUACUGUUUUACUUCCUGCUUUUACCCAAAGCAUUUUCCCCUCUAUCCCAGUAAAAGCGAGUAGGCCUUGCUUUAACAGGUCACUUGGAGACUUUCACAGUAGGUUCCAUCCUUGCCCUAUUCAGAUUGAAAAGUACAACUGCAGCUGAGUGCUUCUCUGUAGAUGCAUGUGCUUUGCGUUCACAUAUAGUUACCGCUGCUCAUGGCUGUAAGUUUCCAGCUUGAGGAGGAAGAGUUGAGACCCCCUCUGCAGCCAUCUACCCGUAGUCUGCUGCAGCCUGCAGUUCUGAUGUCUAUUACUGAGCAUAUUUCCCCUGAAGGAUGUUCAAUAUGUUCUCCUGUUUGCCUUCCCCAUUCUAACGGAUGCAGUGUGGGAGACUGGCUGUGAUGAGUCUGUGCACCUUGGUAGGGAGUUUGGGAGCUUAAGCUCUGUGCUAUGUCAGUAUCAAGUCAUAUGGCAACUUACAGCAAUAUGAGCAGGUGAGUACUUCCUAUUGAUACAGAUGUCCUCACAAGCAUUGCUUUGGGGACUACUUGCUGUGAAUACGGUGAUGCUCAUGCAAAUAUCAUCAGUAAUAGCCUAAAGUACUUAAAGUUGUUAUCCCCACCAGCUACAGUCAAAGCAGCAGUUGCUUCUGUUCAGUAAGAUGUAGAACAGGCCUAGCUGAUCUGAACUGUAUGGGGUGCUUCAACAGCAACUGGUCUAAACAAGCAGUUAACAAAGGGCCGUGAAUAGCAGGUAGUGGCAAAGAGCCGGCCCUGCUUUCAUCAGCUACUGCAAGGUUUUGAGGCUCAGAGGAGUGGGAGUGCAGUGUGCAGUGAUGUUAAACCAGCUUUCCUUCAUCCUGUAGCAUUCCUCAGUUCCGCAGCAGCUCUACACGUCAUUCCUCUUACAUAAAUAUAUUCAACACUUUUACUGCUCGGUGCCAAAGUACAGUUCUGUAUCCUUUCCACUUCACUGCCCUGUCAUGUCCUUGACAGCAUACACUGCACAUCAUGGACACUGGUUCCUAGACUCAGCAGAAAGAAGGAGAGCUAUGGUGACCUAUGUGAUUAUGCAAAGCGGAACACGCUGCUGGUUCUUCAAAGAUAUAUUGAACUUGCCUGUACAGCUUUUUCAUGAAGAGAUGCUUUUGCAUACAUUAGCUCAAUGCUGUAUGCGUUGCAUCUUAAAGAUGGCUGAUGUUUUGCUUGUUUUCAGGCAGCUUUACCAUAGGUUUGGCACAUACCUGGCAGCAGGUAAUGCAGGUGUGACAACUUAGGCAGUAGUUGAGAGUGGGUAAUUUUGGAGAAGCAGAUAUAGAAGCAACCAGCAAAAAGACACUCAGUCUGGUGUAAUGCUUUCUUGGUGAAGAGACUUGCUAGUGGCAAAGGAGAGGCCUCUCUAAAACCAGAACAAGUGGGACAGUGGGAGUUUGGAAAUAGUUCUUUCAUGAAGUUAAAGAAAUACCAAGACUGGCUGUGGAGCAUGAUUCUGCCCUGUAGGGCAGGUCCCAGUUUCCACUAGUCAUUGUAAAUGGAGGAAGAGGUAUAACAUAUGGAAUUACAUAUAUAAAUUCAGGUUCGAGUUGCAUGACAAAUCCUUUUACAGCUUCAGAAGAUGCCCAGGAAAAUCCUGUUGCAUUGAUAGGACAUAAAAGGAAGAAACCAUGAUUUCAGGGCCCCAGGCCUCUAUUGUCAGCGUUCAGUCUGUUUAAAUACUUCAGCUAAACUCUAGCUUGUAAAUACACAAAAUGAUGGAUACAAUGUCUUUUAUUUUUACAAAAAAAGCUGGUAAAAGAUGAUGUAAAUAAAAGUGUAAUGCACCACUACGUAAAUCUAUUUUCCCUGUAAAUACUUAUUAAAUAAUUAAGAACACCAUCUACAGUACCACAAAACCAUCAAAAUAAUUCAAUUUUAUCAGGGACAGGGAAAAAAAUACAGUGAUUAUGGAUGUGCCUUGACCAGUUACAGAGCUUGUUAGGAUAACAUAACUACUGUCAGCAGUCCAACAGCGUGCACAGUGCCUUCAAUUAAUGCAUUUCAGCAUAAUUACAUUUCUAGUGGGGUUCAAUUCCCACAAAAAGGCGGCGCUAAGAAUCUCAAUUCUACAUUCUAAACUCUGGAAUUAGAGCCCAUUAAAAAAAAUCACAGUGGGUAAGAGAUGUAUAUAAAAAUACCAGGUGUUCCUUUCAAAUCACAGGAAUCAUGGGACUACAUUCUUUUGUGUUUUUUUUUCUUUUCUUUUUUU